CUUUUUUUGUUGCUGCAGACUCUCCUAGGACGUGUGUAUAUGUGUAUGUGUGUGUUUGUAGUUUGUACAUUUCUUCUUCUCUUUCUGCUGCUGCUGCUGCUCUCUGCGAACAAACCGCCUCUCCCAUCGGAUAUAAUCUAUUCGAAGUUAAACCAGCUGUUUGGGACUUUUCUUUGGUUGUAAGCUCGAAGUGGAAAUAAAAGAAAGCAAGAGCCAAAGAAGAAGAAGAAGAAACAGCCAAACCUGGAGGAGGAAAAGGGCGUUCAUACUUCGAAGUAACCAUGGAAGUUCCUGGUAUGCAGAGUACUCAGAUUGAUCCAGAGGAGUUGUUCACCAAAUUGGAUCGCAUUGGAAAAGGAUCUUUUGGAGAGGUGUUUAAAGGUAUCGAUAAUCGCACUCAGAGUGUUGUUGCCAUAAAGACCAUUGACCUGGAAGAGGCUGAGGAUGAGAUCGAGGACAUCCAGCAGGAGAUCACAGUUCUCAGUCAGUGCGACAGUCCUUACAUCACCAAGUACUACGGCUCCUAUCUGAAGGGCAGUAAACUAUGGAUCAUCAUGGAGUAUCUGGGUGGAGGUUCAGCGCUCGACUUGCUUCGGGCGGGUCCAUUUGACGAGUCUCAGAUUGCCACCAUGCUGAAGGAGAUCCUGAAGGGGCUCGACUACCUACACUCUGAGAAGAAGAUCCACAGAGACAUCAAAGCUGCCAACGUCCUGCUGUCGGAGCACGGUCAGGUGAAGCUAGCAGACUUCGGGGUGGCCGGGCAGCUGACUGACACGCAGAUCAAGAGGGAAACCUUCGUGGGAACGCCAUUCUGGAUGGCUCCCGAGGUCAUUCAGCAGUCCGCCUACGACUCCAAGGCCGACAUUUGGUCGCUGGGCAUCACAGCCAUCGAGCUCGCUAAGGGCGAACCUCCGAACUCAGACAUGCAUCCGAUGCGAGUGCUCUUCCACAUCCCCAAAUCUCCACCUCCAACGCUGAGCGGAGAUUUCUCCAAGAGCUUCAAAGAAUUCACCGAGGCCUGUCUCAACAAGGACCCCAGCUUUCGUCCCACAGCCAAGGAGCUCCUCAAACACAAGUUCAUCGUCAAACACUGUAAGAAGACGUCCUACCUCAGUGAGCUGAUCGACAGGUACAGGAGGUGGAAGGAGGAGGGGCACAGCGACAGCAGCUCUGAAGACUCUGACAGUGAGUCCAGUAAUAAAGAGAACAGUGAGUCUCCUGAAUGGUCCUUCACCACUGUCCGUAAGAAGAAGACGGAGGGCAGGAAGGUCCUCAACGGGACGGUUCAGGAUCAGCUGAGUAAAUCUGCCAGUCUGGCCACAGUCAUCUCUCCUGUCUUCACUGAGUUGAAGCAGCAGCAUAAGGAGCACUCUGAGCAGCGUUUGGCCAUCGAGGAGCUGGAGCGUAAUAUCCGAUGGGCCGAGGACGUCUGUCCAGGUAUCACGGACAGGAUGGUCACACACAUCAUUGCCAGAUUUACGACCAACUGAAGGACGAACGGACCGACAGGAGGAAGUAUGUGAAAUGAAGAGAGACUGUGUCUCCGUAUGGUGACGCUGCUGGACGAUUGGAAACAGAGGAGAUUUGCUGUGCGAUGUCUCCUCGCUGUACACAAACACACACUCACACAGACACAGACACACACACACACACACACACACUACUAAUGUAAUAUAUACACUAUAUAUAUCUAUAUAUCUUUAUGUACAUAUAUUCACUGCUGCUGGUUGAAGACCUUAUUUCUUCCCAGAUUGGAUUCGAAAGAACGCUGCACUUUUGAACGAACUGGUCCGAAUUUUUGAAAGUCCAACCUGAGUUGACAGUUAGGUUUGUGGUUUUCAUUCUCGUUUUUUUCCUGUUUUUUUUUUUUUCUUAGUUUUGGUAAUCACUUCUUGAGCUUAAGUUUUGAAUAUGUUUAGAAUAAAGCCUUAAUUCAAACUUAAGUCCAUAAGUAAUCUCCUCUAAACCUAAACUCCCUAAGUUACCGUCAUGUGCCUUACUUCUUGAUGCAAUCUGUUAUAAAGAAGACGUCUUUUUUCUUUUUCUUUUUUUUAUGGACAUGUUUUUGUUGAAACCGCACACGAAAAAUAUAAAGGAGAGGGUUCUUGCCCAUCAGCAGUGGUAUGUUUUGUGUCAUGGCUUGCCUUGACUUUGUAUAUUUCUAUAUGUUUGUUCAGUAGCACUUGAGACAAAUAAUAUGCCAAUAUUGCAUUUGUUUUGUUGUUUUCAGUAAUGCUUUUCAGUUACAGCUCCCUGAUCCUGGAAUGUCACACUUAAAAUGUUCAGUUUUUGGGGUUAAAUUUAUAUUCACACAUAUUAAUCAUUUUGAAUAUUCAAGAUGAAAAAAUUACCCUAAAAUUGCACACAUUUUGGUAAUUUCCAGAGAAAUCCAGACCCAGCUAGACAGCUGGUUGCUGGCUAACCAGUGAGCUAGCUAGCUACCUGUGGCUGAAGCUGUUCCCAAAGUUUCUAGCUAAAUUUGACCAUUAAGUAUCGUCUUAAAUCCUCAUGUUUAUUCAUCUGCUGUUAAUUAAAAUAAAAGUACAACUUAAAAUGUCCAAAAUGGCUGCCAUUUGUGUAAGAUCAGUGUGGUUUGUUGUAAUGGGAAACACGAGUAGCACCGUGCAACUGUUAGCAUAAUUAGUGGUCUAAUUAAAUGGCGAAAUAUUGAUGUUGCUUUGGGUCUGAAAGUAACUUUACUGUUGGUGAAGAUUUUGUUGUUUUGUGGGAUGUGUAUUAUUCAAAAUGUUUUUGGUUAAAUUAAUAUUUCUGCUAGCAACCACAACCACAAAAAUGUCUUCCACUUGCUCAUGAAAAGUCUGUGUCCUUUUUCAAUAUGCAUCAAGUUUGGGAAAAUGUUUAAAGCUGUCAGCUUGUGUCUCAGUGUUGAUGUGUUUUAACAUAGUUCUUGAUGUGGAUGUUGUUUGCCCAACACAGGUAAACAACCCAAUGUUGGUAUUUUUCAAGAGCAUGAAGGGAGCUGUAAUCAAAGGUAUUACUGACAGUUUGUACCAAAGACACUAUUAAAUUUGGUCAUUGUAUAGUUUUGUCUUUUUAUAUAUCAUAAGGGAUACAAUAGUGCUUGUUGAGGGGGAAAAUGUAAAACGAAAGCUGUAAGAUUUUUCAGUAAUGUUCUCUGUUUUUGUAGCGGGACUUAGAGUUUUAUGAAUAAAUAUUUAAGUUUGAUUGACAAUUA